AUGCUCGAUUCCUGGAAUACUGUGUAUGGGAGGGUCGACGGUCCCAUUGGCAUUGGAGGCAGCGGUCACGGAUGGCCUAGUUACAUGUGUCCAGCCGGAAGCUAUUGCCUACCAGGGGUGUUAACUCUGAACACACUCGCUGGUAUUGAUGCAUUAUAUCUUCCCGUUAUAUGUGGCAACGGUACGUACUGCAUGCCUGGUACGACGACAGGGGUGGUUGAUGACUUGGACCCAACAGCGCCACGGAAAUGUGUGGAAGGAUACUUUUGUAGAGCGAAUGAGACUACCUAUAGGGGCCAGGGGGAGUGCCCUGUGGGGCACUACUGUGUGCGGGCUAGUCUGGAGCCUGUGUUAGCUCCUAAAGGCUACUUUGUGGACUACACUGGUGCAUAUACGCCUUCUAAGUGCAAGCCUGGCACGUACCAGGAUGAGAUAGGGCAGGUGAGCUGUAAGGCCUGUCCAGACGGUCAUGAGUGCACACUGGAUGGUACCUGGGAGCCAGUGGCAUGCAGACCUGGAACAUACCGGUCUAUUGGAGAUCCUAGUUUUGCUGAGGAGGACAACAUAUUCUGCCACCCAUGCCCGCAAGGGACGUGGAACUACCGAGGGCAGCUGAUCAGCGAGCUCAUGUGCGAGAACUGUCCGAGCCGGUACGUAUGUGCCAGGGAAGGCCUCACUGUAUUCGCCCCGAAAGAGCAAACUGAUUGCACUCCGAAUGAGGACGGCGUCUCGUUGUGCUAUGAGCUCUCACAGGCGAAUGAUUGUCCGGAAGGUUUUGCAUGCGGCGAUUCUACCACGUCAUACACACAAUACGACUACCCGUGUGAAGCGGGCUACUACUGCAAGACGCUGACAGCACUGCAUGAGAUGAGGUUCUUACUCUGUCCCCCGGGCUUCUACUGUAAGCAAGCUACGGGGGCCAGCAAAAAGGAAGCCAACACUUGCCCUACAAACUGGUAUUGUCCUGAAGGAACUAGCGGCGUAGAUAUCACUACCGACAUGGGAGUUGUCUUGGAAUUGAGAAACGUUCAGUCUUGGAUGGUAGUAGAUAAUGAAGGAAAUUUCGUGCCCAAGCAGGUGCCACCCUUUUCUGUGAACGCCUCGGGGUGUGCCCCAUGUGGUGUGCUGGAGUCGGGCGGUGAUGUGUGGGUAGUUAAUACGGAGUGGACCACUUUGAAAUGCCCUGAAGGCACUUCAUCAAUUUGGGAAUCAACAAAGCCGGAGGAUUGCAAACCGAUUGGAGUUGUUAUUGCCGUUGUGAAUCUUUAUGCUAACGAUACCGUAACGUAUCCUGGAACUGGGGAGGAAGUUGCACUAUGGGACCCUGAGAGAGAGGUUAAGUGGAUGGAUAGCACUUCGACGGAAUAUCAAUUGAAAACGGCAUAUAGAUACGGAGAGCCAAUAAGCGAGGACGAUGAGACUAUAGUUCAGUUCAUUGGCUUCGACCAACGAAGAGAUACGGAUAGGAGUGUUUUCCACUUUACCAACCUCAAGCUUAACGCUUUUGACAUUGUGCAUGUCUAUUUGGAAUUCUCUAAGAUAGUCUCUGGCACAAGGCUGAGUACUAGCCAGAGUAGCGGCCAUUAUCAUAUAGUUAUAUCGUCGAAUAAGCUGAGCCCCUUGCAGCAGGAGAAGGGCUAUGAACUUCCUAACCAUUUGGAGGAGAGCGAUGGCGAACUGUUCCGGGACUUUGAACUGAAGUUGCUGGCCUUGGAAGAAGACGUUGUGUUCAACAUUUCCCUCAAUCUCUUACAUGGUAGCCAUCUGGAGAAUCUGCACUACUUCAACGAGACAGUUAGAAUGGAUAUAAUGCGACCAAAUAGGGCACACUGGGGUAAACACGCGGCUUCGUGGUUGCCGAAGACUUUCCUGGCUAUUCUUAAUAGGGAGUUGCUCAGUGCGAAAGGCUAUGAACUCCCAUAUAACAUGCCUCCGGGACUGGCCGACACUCCUGGGGAUCCAAGCAUGGUUGUGGAUAUGGCCAACGAGAAGGACAUCACGGAGGAUCGGACAAUAGCAAGCACUCAAAUGCCAGGAGUCAUUUGGGAUCUUCUGGAGAACCCAGACAAACCAGUUGAGGCGGGAAACUGCAAAAUACCAAAUAAAGAGGACGUUAAACCGGUGCCGCCACUGUUCAUAGAUCUGUCUACUUUGGAAGUAACGAUGGAAGCCAACUCGGAUGAAUGCAGUCUGAUCAUACCCUGCCGAUAUGAAGAUCCUAUGGUGAACCAUUUGAAUACUCCCUGGAUGUCGAUUGAGGAAGAGACGAAGCUUUACUACCUCACUAGAGACCCGAGAUCAUUCGAGGACUUUGCACGCGGAGGAGAUCUUUUUGAUUCUCUGGUUGGCACUGAUAAUCUAGUUGGUGUUACGUUGGCAUCAGCAGAGCGAGAAGGGAUGUACCCUCGCAGUGUGGCCUUCAGUAUAGCCUACAUGCAGGACGGGACGGAGGUGAAGAAAAUCGUUGAAGCGGGCAUUGAAUUGAGCGAUUUCGAUGAUGAUUACCGCCGACUUGAUUACAACUUGACGAUCGAAUACAAGCCCAUGGUUUGGUCGGAGUUAAUGAAUGCGUUCCAACUUCCCCUGUCAGUAUACUGUGUAUUAUUUGCCCUUAUCGGUGCCGCUGCGGUGGUCGUCACCUGGCUUUCUUGGCUGGUUAUGCGUAUUGGAGUGAAGCGCGUACAGUUGAUGGUGCCGAAACUCCGCGAUGUUGAAGUGACAUUCCUGGUACAGAGGAAAACUGAGGACCUGCACCAGGAGGGGAUCCCUAUGGUGGCGUCUCGCUCGAAGGUGUCAAAGAUAACGGGUCUACCGGUAAAGUGGAAGCGGUUCCACUUGUUGUGGUGCUCGGUCCUGUUGGUCCUGGCCCUCAUGGUCAUGAUGGAGUUCUCAUACUCGGAUUUCUUUGGUACGUAUACCGUGAACUUUAUCGUCGGCUUUACGUUCAUGAUGAUGGCCGCGGAAGCAGUCUUUGCCCGAGCUGUCCGCGAAACGCUCCUACUGAUUCCUCUCCUGGCCGCGUGUGAAGUCGUUCUGUUCAUCGCCACUAUGGGAGCUGAUAACUUCCAAGACUUUGCUGAGUCUUUCUUUGUGGAGCUCUUACUUAAGAUCGCUGAUCGUUUGGUAUUCGGAUCGGUAUUUCAAUGGAUUGAUUAUUAUGCGACUAGGGCUAUGGAGUGGCUAAGGACGCGUUCUUUCCUCUGGAGCACGUUCCUUGCUAUUGGAGGUCCGAUACGCAACCAAACGAAUGUUGAUAAGAUUGAUGAUAUCGGCCGAGAAGUCCCGGGAUUGAAGUUCUCUAGUCGAGCAAGGAGGGUCUCCGGGGCUCAACCGACCACUAGUGAUCAAGUCGUUUCCCUCGAUGAGAAAGAAGAUGACGGGCAGGAGCAUCCGAGCUCUAUAGAAGAGGCCAUAGAAGAGCAUGUCAGAGGCGGUAGCACAGCCAUGAGUAAGAUCGGUAUGAAGCACGUGCUCUAG